AUGGACAAAGACGAGUACCACAAGCGCGUGGCGGAACUUGCAAAGACAGCCAAGCCGACCGAAAUUUGCUCGCUCAAGCCCAAUCAUAAGAAUCACACUAUCUCCGAGUGCAAGGCAAACAACAACUACAAGGCCCGAAUGAGCAACAAGAAGUCCAACAGCUUUGCUGUCAUCAAUUUCCCUGGAGAUAAGCCGGAUGAUGAUUUGACCACCUCUAAAGAGACCGACUCAUCCAACAAGAAUGCCUGA